CUAAUCCUGGCUGCCCACAUUGCGACGCUUCGCUGCUCCGCUGGGACUCCGCAGCAGCAUGGGCAAACUAUGCGAGCACUGCACCUGUAUCUGGCUCAGAUGUGGACGUGACGAUUCCUCCCGGUGCACGAGUGUUGCUGUCCGGCUGCAUGUUGAGCGCGGGGGCUCGCUUUCGCCGCAUCACAGUUCCCGAGGGCAGUCAGCUUGUCAUCGACGACGCGCCGCUCAACCUCACGGUCGCCUCCCUGCAAGUGUACGGCAACCUCAGCCUGGGCUCCCCCACCUGCCGCCUGAGCAGCGCCAUCUCAAUCACCUUCGUGCCCGCAACCGGCGUGGCCACCGGACAGAUGGCGCUGCGGGGUAUGAAUACCAGUACGGUGGACAUUCACGGCGAGCUCUUCGCACCCACCUGGACGCGACUGGCCCAGCAGACCGCGCGGCCCAGCACGAGCUGGGUAUCGCUGCAGCAGCCGGUCAACUGGCGGGCGGGGCAGCUGGUAGCGAUCCCCACCAGCCUUUGGAAGGACGAGUGCCGCAACCAAAACGAGGUCAAACAGAUUGCGAGCGUCAGCGCCGACGGCAGGAACAUCACGUUCACAACCGCGCUGCAGUUCAUGCACUACGGUGGCCCCGAGUACCAAACCGAGGUGGUGCUGUUGAGUCGAAGCAUCCUGCUGCAGGGCAGCCCCGAGACCGCAGCCAACCUAACAGGCGGACACCUGCGCAUCGAGAGCAAGCAUGGGCGCAUCCGUGGCGUGCUGGGAUACCGCAUGGGCCAGCAAACCACCAUGGGCAGCUACCCCUUCCACUUCCACAUGGCGGGCGAGGUGCCGCCCGACUCCUACAUGACCGACAACUCAGUGUACGGCAGCUACUGGAGGGCCUUCACCAUCCACGGCACGCACGCGCUUACGGUCGCCAACAACGCUGCCUUCCACGUGGCCGGCUCGGCGUUCUACAUCGAGGACGGCGCCGAGGAGCGCAACCGCAUCACCGGCAACUUCGCGGGUUACAUCCACCCGCUAGGCCGGGCCGACCCCUGCGACGCCAUCGGCAGUGUGUUCGCUGCGCCCACCAUUCGCCAGUCCGCCACACUGCUGCAGCCUGCGGACUGGGCCGCGGCUGGGUUCUACCUCAGUAAUGCCAACAACUACGUCGACAACAACGCGGCCAGUGGUGGCACCAGCGGCUUCAUGUUCCUAAACCUGCCGCUGCCCAUCGGACUGAAUCGCGAAGUGCCCCUAGAGCCGUACAAGCGCCCGCCGCUGUCUUUCAGCGGAAACACCGCCCACUCCUCCGGCUAUCAUUGGGACAACGCGGCAGCCAUCUACUGUGGCGGCGACCUUCGAUACGACCCAGCAGACAACGUGACCCUGACCUACAAGAUCGAGCGCAGCACCUUCGACCCCAGGGAUCCCAACAACGCCUCAAUCCCGGUCAAGUUUGUUCUCCGCAACACAAAGGUCUGGCUGGGCGGCUUCUCUGUGGCGAGCUACGGUGACAGAUUCAUGGUGGACGGCUUCGAGUCGCACGACGGCACCAUGGGCGCCGCGGUGCGCGGUGACCCCAACGAGCUUUACAACGCCGACCUCAACUUGAACUCGCCCCACGGGUCAUGGCUGACCUCCAACAUGCCCAAUGACCUGCAGCAGGGUUACCGCUUCGGGCUGCAGUUCUACGACACCUGGAUGCGACACCUGGUGGCCAACGUGACCAUCCGCAACGUGGUGCACAGCCCUACCGAGUGGCUGACACAGGCCGCGCUGAUCUCCAUGACACACUCGGACCAGUUCAAGCCCUACCACGUGGCGAGCAUCCGCGGGCUGCGGCUGCUGAACGUGAGCAGCGCGGCGGUGCUGAGCAACGCGGUCACGCGCACGGGCUCCUGGCGCUUCUACAACUUCCUUGACGCGGAUGGCUCCUUCAGCGGCACGCAGCGGCCCACGCUGGUGGCCUCCUACUCCGCCACCAACAGCACGGGCCCCUGCGACACCACCUCAGUCGUGCCGUGCGCCUCGCCCCACGCCUGGUGGAUGGCCGACCCGGCUGCCUGCAGCACCACCCCGCCCAAUGUGCCGGCGGCGUCCAACAUCAUCGCAUGCGACUGGUACCCCUGGCGUACCCAGGCACGCCUCAGGCUGGAAGUUCCCACCUACACCCUCUCGCCCGAGCAGUCGUCUCUCCUAUCCCCCGGCAUCAACAACAUCAACAUCUACGAUGCGGGAGUGGUGGCGCAGUUUGGGUUCACGGGCGCCAACCGUCGCGCCAGCAUCAUCACCCGCAGCGAGGGCGUCACGGGUCUGACGGGGCGCGGCGGCUGGUACGUGCACUGGAACCUGGGUGCGCCCAAGACCAUGCGGGUGUGGGCGGAGACCGUGCCGCGUGGCACCUCCAUCCUCUACGCCUCACGCUAUCCGCCCGGCACCACCUUCAACGUCACACGCGCCGCCAGUGCCUGGCUUGUCCCCGACGCCCAGCUGCUGCCAGCUUCCAGCCUGGAUCAGGUUCUGGCGAGCGACUCCGGCGAGUACUACUACUUUGAUGGAAGCUUGCUGUUCUUCAAGGUUGUGGACAUUUGGGAGCAGCCCUACCAGGGGCGCGAGCCGGCGCGCGGCGAGGGCACCGGCGCCGGACUGAGCGUACCCGGCAGCCGCUGGGGCCUGUAUUACCAGGUGGAUGCGGGCAUGCCAAGUUGCUCGCUGUCGCCCUACCCCAGCCAGAACGGACAGGACUUCUCCGCACAAUUCUGCGCCAUGAACGGCACUGUGGACGCCUACAUUCCGCCCGCCAUCACCGCCCCCUACAAUGAGUGGGCCAUUCCCUACUGUGCCGAGGUGGCGCCGCCGCCCGGCGUGUGCGCGGCCAUGGGUGUGGCCUCAGUCGACUGCACCUGCACUGCGCUGCAGCUGCAGGGCCGCUGCCCGGCCCUAGGUGUGGGCGGGCUGUGGUUGGGCGCCACCUCUGACGCCGACCUGAGGACCAACGUGGAGAAGGCGCAGGGCUACUGCUCGGUUGCCUGCGGCCGCUGUGCUGAGGGACAGGAGCAGUGCGGCGAUGUGCCGCUCAUGCCGCUCAGCCUGUCACAGAACAUGACCUGUGAGCAGAUGGUGCCUGUGGGUCGCUGCUACGAGGUGGCGCCCAAGGGCUACUGCUGGGGCACGUGCGGCGUGUGCAGCGGCGCCGGCCUGCCCUGCGUGGACCUGAGCUGGUCAGACCAAUACAGCUGCACGGACCUGAAGUCAUGGGGCCUGUGUAAUGAGACCUGGGUCACCGACAACAACUACUGCCGGAAGACAUGUGGAGCGUGCAUGGACCUCACAGCCAAACCGCCCUCCCCGCGCCCGCCCUCGCCUUUGCCCCCCUCCCCAAGCUCACCCUCACCUUCGCCCCCCUCUCCACGCCCACCGUCACCGCUACCGCCCUCUCCUCGCCCACCCUCGCCCCCACCUCCGUCGCCGCGCCCUCCCUCCCCCCGCCCACCCUCACCGUCACCCCCAUCUCCAAAGCCACCUUCUCGCAGGCCGCCUUCGCCCCGCCCGCCCUCUCCUGCACCGCCCUCGCCCAAGCCGCCCUCCCCACGGCCUCCCUCACCUCGCCCGCCCUCGCCCACUCCUCCCUCACCCAAGCCUCCAUCGCCUAGGCCCUCUCCUCCCUCUCCCAGGCCUUCUCCGCCAUCUCCGCCCUCGCCGCCGCCCCGACCGCCGUCUCCCUCGCCCCCCAGCCCGCUGCCGCCCAGCCCGGCGCCGGCUGCUCCCCUCACCUCCGCCGCCACCGCCACGACGACGACCGCCCAACGCACCGCCACAGCGCGCGAGGGCGGGAGCAGCGACCCCACGCUAUCUACUGAUGGCACCAACGCGCCGGCGGACGCAAUCGCCUCAUCGCAGUCCUCAGCAGCCUCGGCACCUGCUGCUGUUGGCAGCGAUGGACUCACGGCCACCAUCAACGGAGCUCAGCAGCCCAGCCUUAGCAGUAAUGCGGCUGGCGGUGAUUUGGGUGGAGGAACGACGCAGCAGGGCUUGAGCGGCGGUAGCGCAAGCACUGCUGGUGGCGAUGGUUCUGGCUCGCGCGGCGGUCCUGCUGCCGCCGUUAUCGCGGGCGCUGCUGCGGCUGGCGUGGUGGUGGCGCUGGCGGCGGCCGUGGCAGCGACUGUGGCUGUGCUGCGGGCAAGGCGCGGCGGCGGCGGCAGCGUUGUGCCCCUGGGUGCCGUGGUUCUCAAGAGUGAGGGCGCUGCCAGCAGCCGCGACGCCGAGGCUGCUGCCACUUCGCCAGCGGUGGUGGGGGCGGUGGCGGCGCCGGCAGCAGCAGCUGCUGCCCAAGGCAUGCUACAGCAGCCGGCGACGGGGCCCCCAGCGGGUCUGCAGCGCCGCCGCAGCUCCCGCAAGAUGACGGGCGUGGUUGUGGCCGGUGCCGCUGCUACUGCUACUGCCACUGUCGGAGUCAGCAGCGGUGCUACUGCCGCCGGCAUAACCAGCAGCAGGAAUGCGGUGCACCCGGCGCCUGCUACAGCCGCUGCUACUGCAUUGGUGACCGGCUUGCGCGGACCGAGUGCUGACAGCGGGCUCAAUAAUGCCGCUGCCGGGAACAGUAGUGAUGCGGUGUGAAGCCCUACAAGUUGGUAGACAACGACAUACGUGUACAUAACGGCGGUAUGGACUUGUGGUGAGUGUGGCCCUCGUGCCCCUAUGGUGAAGAAGAGGGUCGAACACCCCUGAAUCCCUGGAAAACACUGUUUAUUGUGCGAACAUUCAUCCGACGCGCAGUACACUGCUUAGCUGGUUGCUUAGCUGCUUAGCUGGUUGCUUAGCUGGUUGCUUAGCUGGUUGCUAUCAAUUCAUGUGGACCCUGAUUGUCAGUUUCUGUGAACCGAGUUUUGACGAGAACUCUCAUAAAGGGAGAAGUGGGCUGCGCCCACGCCACGAUGGCGCAUGCAUGAGGCCAAAAACAACAUCACCCCCCGACAUAGCCGGGGUCGUACAUAGGUGACUAGAGUUCGUACAAGCGAACGUUUAUGCUGCUGAAUGCUGUUAUUUGCGGAUGUUGAGUGUGCUCAUGUGCUGAGACACGCAUACACUGUUGGGGCGGGUUGCCGUGGGGGCGGCUCUGCAGGAGGCGAAAGCGGUUGCCGUGCGUGACUCCUACCUGCUACUUGGGAGGUUUGGCUGUGGUGCCGGCAAGGCAGCGGAUCAACGGCACCAGGCCAUGAGGUUGCCUGCCUGCCAUCAAAGGGGCACCUCAGCGCCUUGUGGCUUCGUAACACAGCAUGCCCAUUCAUAGUUGCGUAUGCCUGAUGAGUGAUGAGUCACGCCGGCUUACACAGACGAUCAACCGGAUGUAGGGACACAAGAUGUGUGUCGUUGCACGGAAGUCGCUGCACUUCUGGACCGUGCAUUUUGCUGUGAUUCAUUGUGACGUACCGCUGCCGGGCCGAAUGUGUUUGGGCUGAUGCAGGCGCAUUCAUUCUCACACACUACUGCUGGUAGCUGGCUGGGAACUG